GGAGGACGUCCAGGACAUUUCGAGGUGGACAAGCACAGUUAUUAGUGAAACUAAUACAAUUGAACGAUAUCUUAAAUGGUGUAAAAACAAAAAGAAAACAUGUCUUGAGAUCGGUUUUAGAUGCUAUGCGAUAAUUGCUUGUAAAAAAAUAAUAUCAUGUACUUAAUUUACGGCAAGAUAAUUACGGUUUUUGGUAGAGGUUUGAAUCGCGAAAUGACUCAGAUUUACUAAUAAUCCUUUGCCUCAGUCAACUGCAAUGGAUCGCCUUUAAAUAUGAUUUGUGCAAGCUCUCAUGUACAAAUAAAGCUUAUCAAAUAUCUACACACUGUCAGAACUCUUUUCUUAUAUUUGAAAAUGGUAUAUGCUUAUUUUAUUGCCAGACACCUGCUAGCUCAAUCGAUGACCAUGUAGAAAAGAUACAAAAGUAACGAGGAGAUACUGGCGCUGUCUAUAAUUAGAGAUUUUAUUAUUUGUCAAGCACAGUAGUAGGAUCUUACCCUGUCGAACAUGCCCACACGACGAGUUUUACCGCAUUUCAUUAUGGGUCAUAUGAAUUCAUGCCUCUUAUGUCGUUAAACCUAUAAAACAGCUCGGUCUGUACAUGUGAAGCUGGGAUAUAGACAAAUACCUAACGGUUAUAAACUAUACGCUCUCUACAGGCGCCAACAAUAUCCGUAAAUAUAUAGACGGUUAAAAAAUAAUAGUGUUUGAAACAAACCCAAUUGCUUUGUGGUAAGCUUCCGACUGGCUAUCAUCUGUGAGCUAGCUUCAGGAUUUUUCUUCCAUGUAGAAAUUUUGCGCUGUUUAAAGGUCCCUGUGUGUGGCUUUUCGGUUUUCGAUUUACCGGUAUGCAAAUACGAAGAUUAAAAGCGUUAGCAAAACGCCUGUUUUACAGUUAUUUUUUUUGCGAACGCCGCAACAGGUGUUACAUAGGUAAAACGUCAACACUCUAUUAUAGUGUUGGCAUUUCAAUUCCUUAGAAUUUGUACGUUUUAGACAAUUUUUUUUAAAAUGCACAUACUUUUUUUUAUGUAAUAAUAAUUGGAAUAUAAUAGCGAAAAUCUGAAAUCGUUCUCCAAUUCGUUUACAUGUAUAAUAGACAAGUGAUUUAUGUAAAAUCUAUCGAUGUUCAUGUCAGGUUGUCGGAAGCUGUUGAAACUAAAUAACUGUUUACGUUUAUAGCACAGUACAGCAGUAGUUUCGUACAUAUUAGACAAAUGGUUCUAGCAUUUCGACAAUUUGUGAGUUGCGUUAAUAAGGCUCAGUUUGUUACCGAUGGCCUAUAGACGGCAUGCUAUAUAACAUACCGUCUUCUUUACACUAGCUCAUAUAAAAUAUGGACUCAAAUAAAGUCAACAUCCAGUUCUCUUCCUGUCUGGCCAGGCUGAAGAUGAAGCACGGCGGUGAGGUCAUGCGUUAUCGAUUGCCGCCCCAUACAUUUAUGAAGCUCUUCAGAAAUUUCAACUAGCUGUUAAUAUCCCUUAUAUGCAAUAUAAAUAAAAAAAACGCUCCUAGCAUCAAUUCCCGUGUGAGAAUCAGCUUGAGCCCGAACUUUACUUGGAAAUGUUAUCACGGUCGUUUUCUCUGUCGUUCGACAUUAUUCUCUCGCUCAUAUCUACGAUGUGAUGACGGGCUGAUUUUUGCUGACAGCUUUCAAUCACCCCGUUUCCAGCCUGGAAAGAGUUUUUUUUUUGCUACAAACCUUAUUGCCCGGUGUUAGUUGGUCUAUUGGAUAUUGGACGUUCAUCUGUAAACACAGUAGCACUUUGGUACUCAUACACAGCCAAAUAUUUGAGAUAAAUUUUCUACUUCUAAUUUGUAAUAUUAUAUUUUUAACCAGCGGCGCCUAGUAUUAAAACGGCUAGCUUGUCAAACAGUUCCGGACAAGCUAACAGAUUAAAAGGAUCAGAAAAUCAAAAUUGUUUGCUUUGCUAGUCAGCCCAACUAACCUGAAAGCAGCUACCAGUAGAAAAGCCCAACAAUUUUCGACAGACAUUACAAUGGAAAACUUUAACCACCAACUAUCAAUAAAUAAAUUACGCCAAUCACCUAAACGCACACAAAGUCACAACGCAGCUCGUACGACCCAUAAAAAAUCAAUUUUGUCCAAGGAUAUCGGUCUUCGCACUGUGUAUCCGGUCGACUACUCAAUAGGUAGUGUUAUUCCAUUCUGUGAUCUUACAAGCAUCGUCCACUCUUAUUAGUGUACGCCACAAUCUACCAAAUCGCGCUGCUAAUGAUAACCGCAGGUGAAGGGGCAAUCAAUCUCAUUGUAUUGAAUACUGCGUUUUCCGAAGUAAGGGGUUAUCCCGAAGAUCCUCAGCGAAUUUACGAGACCGAACAAGAAACGGUCUUCCUAACCGCAUAAACUGAUGUCUUUUUUGUGUUUUGUAUAUUAUUGAUACAUGACAUGUACGAAGUGCGAGCCUUAUAGCAUCUCACGUGUCACCAGGUUCAGUAGGUGAACGCGUCGUCAUCUUCGUAGAAGAUGGCCAAAGCCGAACUUUUAGGUGAGGUGGGGGAGAGGAUGCGCGUAGAGCGUUAUGCUUAAUUGCAUGAACUCGGCCUAACCUACUUCACAUGUUCCUAUCUUUCCUGUGCAUUGUUGAAUUUCGGAUCUGCUGUGAGCGGCGCACACGGCAACCACGUGCUCAUGCGGACGUAGCGCGCUACUUAUAAUGAUGUUGCCCCCAAGCAAUCGUAAAGGAAUGGCAAUCAGGAUCACGAUAAGCUAGAUUUGGUAUCCGGCUCGUCAAUAAUACGUCAAUGAUUAUACAUCAUGCACUGAACCGUCUCAUAGUCACCACGUUUACCGAUACUGUUGUCACUCAAAGCGGCCACGUCUGGAGUUGUGAGCGUCAAGAACGACAAUGAUAAAAACGAAGUUUGCGAUCACAACGUUUUUUAGAAAUAAUUAGGGUAAGCGCCGUACGGCCGGACAGUUGCUAGUGCGUUGUCCCGUUAACAGAGGCCGUCCCGUGUGAAGGGGUAAUCAUUGGCUGCUUAACAGGCCAUCACUAGUUCACUCACGGACAGCAGAACUUCUUUGAGCGGUUCUGUCGACAUAUUGCGCUGCCUUUAUUCUGACUGCAGCUACUACUCCCUACGUAGUCGCCACUGAAUCGAAUUGAACUGGAAGCUGAUUCGAAGAAAGUCGAAUAGUCGCAUCUCCUUCAUCCGCUCAUCAAUGCAGCUGAUCCUAUGCGGCCAACAUUUGCCGCUCCGUCGCGGCGCUUCUCGCUGUUUGAGUUACAUAUCGGAUACACUUUUGUGCUUCUCUUAUCAUCUCCUGAUUCGUCGUCUCCGGCGUUCCACCGUUUCGUGUUCCAGCGCAACAAUACACGACAUCAUGCCGUCAAGUCGGGUCGGGGUGGGCGCGCCAUCUGGUGGAGCGAGCCAUAGACCGACCGCAGACCUCUUUCGUCGGUGGCCGGGUGGCCGGCGACUGCCUUUCGGCCGGUCAUGCGCUGCUCGAUGCUUUUACUACUGCCACCUCCUACUACUGAUGCUGCCAUUGCCGCAUGUUGAUCUGUUCUAUGGAGGCCGUUGUGCUGCCACAAGGCAAUCCCAGUCAGCAGCAGCAGGAACGGAGGCAUGGGCAGCAGCCGCUGGUGGCGCCAACUCGAUCAUGAGGGCCUGGUAGAGCAGACAAGUCAACGGACAGCUCGCGAGUGUACAACAAAGAAGCUGUAGCUGUCGCAGCCAUUGCCGCCGGCGCUAAGUAAGCAGAAGACACCGAGCUGCGGGGAGUGGAUCCUUUUUCCGUCCAUGUGCUUGCGGCGUAGACGGCUGGUAGACUUCCUGCUGCUGCUGCUGCUGCUGCUGCAGCGGCAGCGGCCGCCGCUGCUGCUGCUGCUACAGCCGAUGGUGGCGCACCUAUAUUGAUGCUGAUUUCUCUUUGGCUGGAGGCAUUGCCACCGUAGAGUCCUGUGUAGCCGGUCUUUGGCCGCGUGGUGCUCGUUCGUGGGCUCGUAGUCUUAGUGCCUUUACAGAACGGAGAAGUUCCGUCAAUUGCUUCGACUGCUGCUUCUAUUAGUGCUCACUACGGCAAAGCAGCUUCUGGAGCGGCGGUCUUUGAUCGCUGCUAUGAAAAGCUUGUUACGAAAGUGGCAUUAUCUUCAAGUUGAAUUGAAACAAGUUGUGGAAACACGUAAGACGAACGUGGAGCAGCUGAGACACCUGAGACUAAUAUAUUAACGGGAAAACAAGAGUUAUGCCAGUUCUGAGUGCGACGUAAGACGCAGGAAAGCCACGAAGGACAAGGCCGUGCUGCUACAUUACUGUUUGUUGUGAGGUGAUAAUCAAAGAGGGAUAGUCAAAUCGUAUGCACUUAAUAAACGUGAAACUGUGACCUGUUAAGAUAGGAAAUUUUCGUAACUCAAGUGAUCGUGUUUACAGUCGGUAUAUCGGAUAAUGCAGUAAAAACGAGCGUAUGUUGUCACUUACUGCAACGGUGUGAGAGGUAGAUUUUUAACUGAAAGUACGCAACUUAAAAGUUCCUGUGGAUCAAGACGCUAGCAGUUAUUUAGCGUGUGAUCUGCGCACGACAAAAAAGUGGAUCGUGUUUCUCAGCGAAUGACUAAUUUCUGCAGUGUGACAUUAGCGGUGUACUCAAUCAUUGUCUGCACUUGGAACGUUAGAAUACUAUUACGGAUGCGCGUAUGAACGUACCUCUCUGUGUGUCCUUAUCCUCUUCUAGAGAAGGGCUGUUAGUCAUUAGCUAGAUUAAACUUCACCAGUUCAGUAAUGGACGAGGACUCCAAAGAACCACUGCUUCAGCGAAAUGGAUCUUCGAACAUCCAGCGGGCGAAGAGAACGCCCUUUGUUCUGGGCUCGAGUGGUAGUUGGGCUGCGGAUAUGGAGCGAGGCGGAGUGGCAGAUAACCUGGACGGCGCGGAAGCGCCCCGGGAUCCGGGCGCUCUGACUACGCACCCCAGCUACACCGACAAGGACUUUGAAGGACAUCGUGCGCACACCGUCUAUGUGGGGCUACAUGUGCCCGGCUAUAGGCGGCGAGCCAGCGCGUCGGGACCUUCUGGGCACCAUAGACGCCAUCGGCAUCAUGGAAAGAAAGGCUCUCCCGGCGGCCAAACAGGCACCGGGCCUCAACCCGAAGACAAAGUUCAAGCACCCGCCGAGCGUAUUCAUUUUUUGCUCGGUGAAGAAGACGAAGGACACGAAGUACAUCCGCUCUUUUCAGAGAUGGAGGUGCUUACUCAGAGCAUGGACAGUGGUGACUACGAGUGGCGCGAAGCUGCCCGAUGGAUUAAAUACGAAGAGGACGUAGAGGAAGGCGGCGACCGUUGGUCAAAACCUCACGUAUCAACAAUUUCUCUACACUCGCUUAUGGAUCUCCGUAGUUUUUUGCUGAACGGAACAGUUCUUCUUGAUAUGGAGGCUACCAGCCUGGAGAAUAUAGCAGAGCUUAUCCUCGAAAAUAUGGUCAACUCAAAACAGCUUCCAAUGUCGGCUCUGGAUUGUCGCGAUCGCAUCAAAGAGAUUCUUCUGAAGCGACAUCGUCACCAACACGAGAAGCGACAGACAGACGCCAAACGCCUACCCUUAAUUCGCUCCCUCGCAGACAUCGGACGCAAUAGUUCCAAGUCAAUGUUCGGCAGCACCAACAACAGUGAUAUAGAAGCAGGGGCGACUCCUGCUCCAGCAGUCCAGACUCACGCAGGGCCUCUGCUGAGUGUGCCAGGUGCCUCAGUACCUGCGUGCGCAGACCAGCUGCAGCUUCACGGUAGUCCCAGCUCCAACUCACUGCAUGCAGGUCCGCCUGCCGGCAACAACGAGAACUCAUCCCCCGACCUCCAUCAUCGGUUGAAUCAAGCUUUUAUGCGCAAAGUGCCCCCAGGUUCCCAGGCUGUGAAUAUUUUAGUGGGAGAAGUGGAUUUUCUAGAGCGACCGAUUAUGGCUUUUGUCCGAUUGAACCAGGCCAUGUCACUGGGGGAUCUCACUGAGGUCCCCGUGCCGACGAGGUUUUUCUUCCUUUUGCUCGGCCCCACGGGUAACAUGGUUCGCUACCAUGAAGUAGGCCGCGCUAUCGGCAUACUCAUGACAGAUGAAGUAUUCCACGACGUAGCCUUCAAGGCCAAAAAUCGCGACCACCUGUUAGCUGGCGUCGACGAAUUUCUCGAUGCUGCGACCGUACUACCACCCGGCGCGUGGGAUCCGGCCACGCGAAUUGAGCCGCCACAGCAUGCACCCUCGCAGGAGGCUCGAAAAAAACAGGAGUCCGAGCUGACUCCAAAGCUCGAUCCUGAAGAAGAAGAAGAGCGAGAACGGGAAGAAUCAGGAUUAAAACGAACGGGAGUAUUGUGGGGUGGUUUGAAAAACGAUAUUAUGCGUAAGAUGCCUUGGUAUAUAUCAGACUUCAAAGACGCCUGCUCACUACAGUCUGUGGCAUCUAUAUUUUUCCUGUAUUUUGCCUGUCUUACUCCAAUAAUUACAUUCGGCGGUUUGCUGGGAUCGGCAACUGAGAAUCGCAUCGCAGCUAUGGAAUCUCUUAUGUCGGGCGCCGUUUGCGGUGUAUUAUACGGGCUGUUCUCCGGUCAGCCUUUAACCAUCCUUGGAUCGACCGGCCCCGUGCUCGUAUUUGAGACGAUCAUGUAUGACUUUUGUAAAGAACAUGGACUCGAUUACCUCUCGUUGAGGUUUUGGGUCGGCCUUUGGACGAUGGUCAUCCUCAUUUACCUCGUGGCCCUAGACGCCAGCGCACUCGUGUGCUACAUCACGCGAUUCACCGAAGAGAACUUUGCCACACUGAUCUCUUUGAUAUUCAUUAUUGAGGCGUUUAAGAACGUCGGGAAAAUCGGGCACAAGAUGCCACUGAACACGGAUCUGAAGUUACGGAUCGAUUGCGAAUGCCUGCCGCCGGCUAACUCUUCGAAUAGGGAGGCAUUUCAGAAUCUCAGUCGCUAUGGAUGUUACGCCGCCGGCGGGGAAUGGGAGGGGACCGGCUGCCAGUAUGUUCCCGAUGUAUUCCUGCUUUCAGUGGUCCUGUUUGCGGCCACCUUCAUUCUGGCCACGUCGCUCAAGAGCUUCAAGUUCACUAGCUACUUUCCAACCUGGGUCCGUGCAAUCGUAUCGGACUUCGCCGUCGUCAUUGCUAUAUCAGCAGUGAGUCUCGCCGAUCUGGCCAUCGGACUGGAAACGCCAAAGCUUAACGUGCCGGAAAAGUUUGAGCCGACCUGGUCCGGUCGAGGAUGGCUGAUUCCGCCAUUCAAUCAUAACCCCUGGUGGACUGUUCUGUUGGCUAUACCUCCGGCGAUGCUGGCCACGAUAUUGAUUUUUAUGGAUCAGCAAAUCACGGCCGUUAUCAUCAAUCGAAAAGAGAACAAACUUAAAAAAGGCUGUGGAUAUCACCUAGAUCUGCUCGUUCUAGCCGUUUUAAUCGGUAUAUGCUCGGUUUUUGGAUUGCCUUGGUUCGUCGCGGCGACCGUGUUGGCUAUGACGCACGUCAACUCGCUGAAAAUGGAAUCUGAAACAUCGGCGCCAGGCGAGAAGCCACAGUUUCUUGGAGUGCGAGAACAACGCAUCACUCAGGUCGCAAUCUUUGCAUUGGUAGGGAUGUCGGUCUUCUUUACGGCUGUCCUUAAGCACAUACCCAUGCCAGUGCUAUACGGCGUCUUCCUAUAUAUGGGCGUGAGCUCGUUGCAAGGCUCACAGUUAUUCGCCAGGAUUCUGAUUAUUUUCAUGCCACAAAAGUAUCAGCCUGAUUACAUGUUCUUGCGCAGUGUGCCAACGCUGCGUGUCCACUUGUUCACGUUUAUACAAGUGUUAUGUCUAGCCUCGCUGUGGCUCAUCAAGAGCUACAAACAGACUUCAAUCAGCUUUCCACUCAUGCUGGUUGUCAUGAUCGGCGUGCGCAAAUGUCUCGAUUUUAUCUUCACGCGUAAAGAGCUUAAGGUGCUGGACGAUAUUAUGCCCGAACACAAGAGGCAAGAGGAGGCUGAGAAGAAUCGCGACUCUGAUUCAGGCAACGUAGGCAGUUCUGGGGGUGACAACUGCGCUCUUGAAAUGAAAACAACUGGUGGCGAGCUGGGUGGCGUGUCUAUUCAAUUAGUCAACGGAGAUAUUAUGGAGUGCAAAGAACCCGUCCCUGGUAUUAAUAUUAGCGAACAGCUUCAGAAAACAACCCUAUGGAAGGCCAUCGACCAACAGAACGUCCCCGAGAAAGAGAAGCCGCCCGUGCCAACGAUCGUGACAGAAUCCACUGGUGGAAAGAAAAAGAAACGUGGCUCAAAGAAGGACGCCGUCUCCGAGGAGGAAAGAAGACGGCUGUCCACGAUGACUGAAGAGAACAACGAUGAAGACGACGACUGCGGGAUAACGAUCAAGAUCCAGUCUGCCACCCCAGUCCCCCAGAGCUCGCCCCAAGAAGCGAAGAAAUCCUUCUUGGGACAACAGCAGGAUCCAGUGCAACAGCCCGGCAAAGGCUCCGAGACCACUAGACGACAGCAAGACCCAAGCACCCCCUGAGAUCCGGGCCUGUGGCGCUGGAUGCCGCCUGUCCUCAACGAUCAGAUAGCAAAACUUUGAGGAUAUUCUAAGGAUCAGCAAAAACGGCACGUAACAUAAACCAUUGUAAACGACAUAAAUACUAGGCGCAAAAAAACGCAGAGUUUGGAGCAACUCAGACCUAUGUCAAGUAGAUGUGCAGGGACAUUCGCAGGACCCCGUAUCGAUGGUAAGCCAUGACAACACCAUGUUUUGCUUCAAUCUCACCGAGACCAUCAUCUUUUUUAAUAUUAAUUAUUGAUCAAUCUGUGCGUCGUCUCAACCUUCAGCGUGCGAGUCAAACAUGUUGCUGUAGAUUGCUUUUAACUGCGGUGUGAAAUUAAAAUCCAAUGGAAUAGUCGUUUUACUUGAAAAAAAUUUAGUUCGGCACGCGCCGUUGUCUUCCUCGUACAAAUAAGUGACCUGUUGUUAACAUAAGGACAACAAGGUAACAGGUCAAGGAUAACAAAACUUACAUACGAGGCAAAGCACGAACGAUGAUGAUACCUUCAAUUCAAAAAGUAAACAACAUUGAUAUUAAUGACAUCAUAAACGGUUAGUUAUGAAGAAGCCCUAAAGUAUUGUAUUGUUAGCAAUAGCGUUAUUGGACGCGAAGGCGAUUACGAUAAUGGGAGUAACAAUGAUAACUUAACUAGUUUUUAUGUAUGUACUAGUAGGUUGCCACUCAAAGACAGAAAAAAACUGAAGAACUUGGCAGGCCAAGACUCGACCAGGUGACAUGGUCCUGCAUCACUCCAUGCUACCAAAGACCAACACGUUGCAAGAAUGACAUUUAUUUAAUCGAAACUGAUCAGUAGUUACUGCUAUCGAACGCUUAUAUAUACGCACAGGAGUUUAUAAUACAAUUCGCCAUUGUUUGUGUAUCGGCAGCAACGGUCAAGGACAGCUAGAAAAAAAGGCUUUGAUAGCACGCGCUCUAAAUGAACGUCUAUAGUUAUCAAGGUGGAAAUUACUCGAACCUACUAAUAUCAGGAGUAUUCUUUCGAAGGUAGAUGUGGAACCGCCGUGCUCAUCACUAUCAUUAUUAUUGAUAGCAUUAGUGAAAGCUGAAUCAAGCCAAGGCAGUCACAAUUAGGUCUCGGUAGCUUAAGGCGCGGCCGGCAUUUGUCUCCGAUAUUCAAACACGGGUUCGCUAUUGAGAUUUAACAGCCGUAGCUAUUUAGGCGAAACAAAAAUAAAAACGAAACCGUCAAGAUUAAACAAGGUAAAAGCCAACGGAGGCACUGGACUGAUCAAAUCGGGACAAGACAAUUUAAUUUUCGCUCGAGUCAGGCCCUGCUUGAAUAAUAGUGCCUUUGCAAGAUGGCGACCUUUUCUGAUCAACUCAAGAUGCCGUUUUUUAUAGCAGUAGUUAUAGUGGAAACAAUACAUACUAUUAAUGGCGAUAAAAAAUGAAUAUAAUUAAAGUAAUGAUUAUAUCGUAUAUAUCAUUGAUAACACCAGUAGCCAUCAAUAUAGACCGAUAUGAAAGCUACACAGAUUCAUUAAAAUCUAUAUAUAUAUAUAUAUAAACAACAUCCAAGCCCAGAUGUCGCAACCCUGGGUAAUAUUGUAGUUGUUCGUAUUAAUUAACCCCAAAAUUAUUACCAUUGAGGCCGACAGGAUCUAAGUAUAACCUAAUACACGCGUGAGUUUUAAGCAUAGAUAGAUUGUGGCGAUGAAAACAAAGGUUAUCUCAGAUUUGCAUAUAAGCUAUUACCAUUAGCCAGCUAGCAGAGUCCUGGCAAACGCUAAUUACCAGAAGCAGUUAGCGGAAAACGUAUAAACUAGUUAGAACGUCCGCGUCGAGAGUUUGUUAAUUAGCAUAACAAUAGAAAGAAGACGAGGAACGAAAGUAUACGACAACGCAUGCCUCGUGUUCCUUCUGGCCGGGACAAACAAAGGAAGUGCUGUUUAAAAUACGAUGAUCAUACGUUUGGCAAAGCAAAAAACCGAUUAAUUGUUGAAAAAAAAAGCUGCUAUCUUCCGUACCGACAAUCUAGAAGUAGAUAACAAAACGGCUAACCAAGACGGCAGGAAAGCUGGCAAAACCAGUUUCAUUAAGUGAAAACAUACACAUUUAGUAUUACCAUUAUUCCUAUUAUGAUUACUAGUACCGCACGUAUGUAUGUAUGUAUGUAUGUAUGUAUGUAUGUAUGUAUGUAUGUAUACGAAAUAGGAGACAACGACUGAAUGCGACAGUGAUAUCGUAUCGUCUUGCCGAGUCGGCUGGUAAUGAGCACACGAAAUUAAACGAAAAACGAAAUAGACCGGAUAAAUGGGCCACGACACGACGAGAAAAUAAUUUAGCCGAUAAUCAUUUGAAUGUGUAAUGAAAAUUUACAGUUAUGGUAUAUGAACGAUUCAUCUUUGAGUGGUGGUCAUAUGCCCUGAUAUAUUUGUUUAUUUACUAUAACGUCUACGUAUAUGGGCAUACGGAGGCAUACAUACAAUAUAAUAACGAAAUAGAAAUAGCCAAUCAUUGAAUCCAUCGUCGUUGAAUCGCAUUGCAUUUUGUUAAUGAUAAUAAUAAUGAUUAUUAUAAGAGAAAUAAUUAUAUUAUUAUUAUUAACUAGCGAGAGGAAAGAGAAAUAAAUAUGAGCAACAGUUAGCAAAAGCCAAACACGUAAAAUCAACCUAUGCGGAGUUAUAUAUAUACAAUAAUAUUACUAUACU